AGCCGUUAAAAGUCGUCGUCGUUGCGUUAUAGAAUUGUGUGUUAGGUUACAAAGUCGAAAGGAAUAAACGAAUCGUGUUAAUUAAUUUGUAUUAAUACGUGAUCGUUACAGGUUCGUAAGUGCGGAAAAAGAUCUAAAUGUGUUUAGUAAUGUGAUACGACGAAGAAAAAGUGCGCUUUAAUUUGGAAGAGAGAAGCCAACUCUUUUUAUCAAUCUGAGACAAAAUUCAUCUUCAUAACGCAUAGAGAAGAAGAAGAAGAAGGAGAAAAUAAAACAACGAAUCAUCGAAUAUUUUUUACAAAAUAUGGAAAUUCGACGUUCAGGAGAAAUGUUGAGUCCAAAAAGUGUCGUUGUUGGAGGACAAGUUCGUGAAGGGACAAGGGUUGUUCUUCGGGAAAUCACAGCUAUGCUUCACAAUUCACCGCCAAGCCAAACUUCUUCUCGUCGUAAGAGUGGUAACGACACAACCAGUAGCACUUUCUCCAAGGCAGCAGCCGAGCACGAGGUAAAGGUUCGUUUCGCGCGUGAAUUUGCGGACGCAGAUUUGGUGACGUACUCAACACCCGAGAGCUUCUCUUCAGAGAGCAGCUAUUACAGCAUCGGUAGUACGCAGAGUAUUAAAAACAGCGGUAUCAGUUCCGAUACCGAUGACCUCAACAAUUCUCAACCAUUCAAGGUCGCAGACUCUUCCUAUGUGGAUAGUAAUAUACCAGGUGUUAAUGAAUUAAUUCGUGGUUGUGCUGAUAUUCGAAUUGAUUCUAAUGUAGAGGAAGUCACCUUGUCAAAUUCUAUUUAUGAAUCUCCUGAUAACACUUUGAUUCAAACCUUCAACUCGGCCAUUGAUGAUACCAACGUUAUCCUUGACAAUAAGUCACCCGUCAAGUAUAACUUAAAUGAGACAUCUGCAUUGGAAAACGGUUUAGCAACGCCGUUGGAUGUCACGCAUUCCCUUAUAAAUUCUUCUCAGACUCAAGAAGAAUUACAGGAACAUUUUACUUGUGACAAUAUACCUCAAGAAUCUUUGAACUUAAAAGUGAAUGUAUCUACGGAUGAAGGUAUUGCUAGCAACGAACAAAGAAGUGAACAGGAUUUGAAAGAAUCCGAAGUUGAAAGUGUAAAACUUACUUUAGAAACAUCUACACCAAGAUCAGUUUCUCCUGUUGAUUAUAACGAAGCUAAGAGUGACAGAAAAGAAGAUAUAUAUAGUGAUACAAAUGUUAAGGAAACAGAUACAUGUAAUGUAGAUGAGAAAGAAGCUGAUGUAGAUAAUAUAGGUAAAACAGAUACAAAUAAUACUUGUACUAUCCAAGCAAUUGCAGAUAUUGUAAGUGAAAAUAUAAAUACUAGCAAUACAGAUGAAAAUAAACCAGAUAUAAAUAAUUUAAAUAACAAUGUAGCAGAUAUUAAUAACAUCAAUAAAAAUAAAACUGAUAUAAAAAAUAAUAUAAAUGAAUAUAAUAUUGAUACGACAAUUAACACAGAUGAACAUAAAAUUGAUAGGAGAAUUAAUAUAAAUGAACAUAAAGUUGAUACAACAAUUAAUAUAAAUGAACACAAAACUGAUCCAACAAUUAAUAUAGACGAAUAUAUUAAAACUGACACAACAUUUAAUAUAAAUGAAAAUAAAACAGAUACAAAUAAUAUAGAUGAACAUAAAAUUGAUACAACAUUUUAUGUAGAUGAAAAUAAAGCAGAUAAAAAUAAUUUAGAUAAAAAUAGAAUAGAUACAAAUAAUAUAGAUGGAAAUAAAAUAAAUAAAGAAGAUAUAGUUGAAAAGAAAACUGAUGAGGAUAAUAUAGAUAAUAAAAAACAAAGUACAAGUAAUAUAGGCACAGAUGAGGUAUUGGAUGAGACGCUCACUUUAUCAGAUGAUAUUUACUUAAAUCUUGAUUCUUUAAACGAAGUUGAGCAAUACGAAGAAUUUAAGCCACAGAGACAGAGUACUACAUUGUCUAAUGAUGAUACUACUUGUUCUUUAAAAAAAUUAGAAUUAGUGGCAGGAGAAGUUGCAGAUGAUAUUUUCAUAUCUCCUUUAGAAUUGGAAGAUGAUGUUUUUAUUAAUCCUGUGUUAGAAAUAUUCCAAGAUCCAACAUCUUUUGAUUUUCUUUCCGCAAGAGGGAAUUCAGAAAGCGCAACUCGCCUUAGGAAUGAAUCCUUGUAUAUCAAAUUUGAUCCUCUGUUAGCCAAUGUCAGUAUGUUACCUCAAGGAAACAGUCAAGUUUUUAGUACCUCUCCCAGUGGUACGAUUCACAAAUUAGAAGAAAUUCAAAACAAAAAUGAUGAACCUAUACAAGUAACUAAAUCUGAUACAAAGGAAGUCGAUGAUAUAGAUGGAACAGAGAAAUUAGAGUUACUACGUGCGUCUGUGUUGCAAUUGGAAAAAGAAUUGGAGAAACAAAAAAAAGAAUAUGAAUCAAAAGUGGAAAAACAAAAAACAGCUUCUCAAGAAAAAAUAACAAAAUUGCAAGCGCAACUAAAUCAAGAAAUUGAGAAUAAAAAUCAAUUAACAGUUGUCGUAGAUGAAUAUGAAAAAUCGAUAAGUCGAUUACUCACUGAAAAAGAAAGAGAUCGUGCUAAUUUUGAGCAAGAAAAAUCUAAAGUACAAGAAGAACUUCAAGCUACAAAUCUCCAUCUUAGCAAUACGGAAGCUGCAUUUAAUGAUGUUCAUUUAAAAUACGAAAGGCUCAAAGGAGUCGUUUCCGCAUAUAAAAAUAAUGAAGGAGUUUUAAAAGAAAGUAUCCAAGAAAAUUUGGAAACAAUAAAGUCUUUAGAAAAUCGUUAUGAUCAAUUAAAAACUCAUGCCAUGUCGCAAUUAAGAAAGGCCAACCUGGAAUUAGUGGACAUACGAAAACAACACGAAGCCGAAACGGUAAAGUUACAUGCGAUGGUGAGGAAAGCAGAAUUGAAAAGUAAUUCGCUCGCUGAAAUAGUAGAGCAAAAAACAAAGGAGAACAAAGAACUUACACAAAUAUUAGAUGAACUGAUUGCUAGGGUCGGUCGGCAAAAUGCAGAAUAAGGAAAACUAAAAGAGUUUUAUAGAAUUAAUUUAAUAUCUCCUGAAUCCCUAUUGCAAUUAGUCUGUAUUAGUCUUUAUUUCUUCCCUCUUUAUUAGUCUUUAUUUUUUUACUCGCCUUAAUUAUAUUAAAUAUAUAUAUAUAUAAAAAUCUUAUGCUAGAUAUGUCGCUAAAAUAUAUAUUAAUCUAUUUACUGAUAUAUAUAUAUGAAUGCUAAUACAUAUCAAUUCUAUCAAGCAAAAGUAUUCGUACAGCGUAGGUAAAAUUGAUAUAUAUUAGCAAUAAAAAAAUUGUAUAUUUCAUAAUUUAUAAAUAAUAAAGCAAAAGUAUCACUUUGAAAUAGAACAAAACAGAAUUUGCAACAAUUUAUGACAUAUGUGUAACAUAGUCUUCUAAUUUUUUACUUGCCUCUUACCAAAGUCCUUAUUUAAUGAAAAUGAGAGGCUUCGAAUAGACUUAAAUUUAGAUAAUAGUUUGUAAUAAAUUCAGAUAUCAAGUUUCUCUGGAAACAUUGAAUUUGAUGUUUAUUAUGUAAGAUAAUUUUCUAUGAUUCAUAAUUCUUAAUAACAUAAAACAACAUUAAACUUUGAUAUACUAAGAAGAAAAAGUUUAUCUUUGAAAUAAAAAAAAAUUUAUAUUGAUUUUUCAAAGACAAUAAGAUUUAAAUUUGUAUUUACUUGCUUCUAAUGAUUUAGCUAUAUACUUAAAUCACAAUCACAUAUUAAAUAUAAUUGAUUUACAGAACUUUAUAUAUAUAUAUAUAUAAUUAUAUAUAUAUAAUAUCCCGUCCAGGCUACAAUUAUUCUAAUAUAUAUACUGUGACUUUAGAAGGAUUUUUCUUUUACAUUUAUACAGUAAAAUAUAAUAAUUUUUCGUGAAAAAUUAUGUAAAUCUUAUUAAUGCAUUUGAUCACAUUUAUCACAUCAAAUUAAUUAAAAGUCCUUCAUUAUCUUGAAAGUAUCGAAGUAAUAACACUUGUACUUUUUUCUAUUUCUUUUUUCUUUUAAAAUUGUACGAAUUUUUUUGUAUAAAAGAUACAAUAAUAUAUUUUUUCGUACUAACAAGUACAGUCAUUCCAUAGUCCUUGUAUCUGUUAUGAGAAGAGCAUGAUGUUUAGCCAAUUUUAACAUACGAUCACUUGUACUACCAGGUUUUCUUGGUAUAUUUUUAUUUUCAAGAUCAGGCAUUAAUUUUUUAACAGUACGUGCUAGAUUUGAAGCGUACUGCUUAAACUGCGGAUGGCCCAUACCAAUUCCUCUGCCUCGCAAUGCUUCUGCUACAGCCCAUAAUAAUUUCUAUGUAAUAAUAAAUAUAAUUAAAUAUCAAAUAUAAUAUCUUAAACAAUGGCACAACAAUAAAUACAAGAAUAAAAUAUCUUACCUUUC